AAUGCUCAGUUCAACUUGCACCGCUGCCGUUCGUGGACUCUCCACCACCGCCCAACUUUCAAAAAUUAAUAAUGUGACCAUUAUUGGUGCCGGACUCAUGGGAUCAGGAAUUGCUCAAGUGUCUGCUAACGCCAAGCUUAACGUGACAGUUGUGGAUAGCAAUCAAUCUGCUCUCGAAAAGGCUCAGCAAGGAAUUGCCAACAGUUUGAAGAGAGUUGCCAAGAAGAAGCACGCCGACGACGCAGCGGCUCAAACAGCUCUUGUCAGCUCAGUUUUGGACCGUAUCAAGAUGUCUACCAACGUCUCCGAUUCUGUCAAGGACGCUGAUUUGGUCAUUGAAGCCAUCGUGGAAAACAUUGAUAUCAAGAGAAAACUUUUUGCAGAGGUGGAGGUUGCUGCCAAACCAACUACUCUCAUUACCACAAAUACUUCUUCACUUCGCCUCGCCGACAUUGGGCUCAACUUGAAGGACAAGUCCCGUUUUGGAGGACUUCACUUCUUCAACCCUGUCCCAAUGAUGAAGCUUUUGGAAGUUGUUCGACACACUGAGACCUCCGAUGCAACCUUCAACCAACUCGUUGACUACGGAAAGACUGUCGGAAAGACCACUGUUGCUUGCAAGGACACGCCCGGAUUCAUUGUCAACCGUCUCUUGGUGCCUUACAUGUUUGAGGCUCUUCGACUUUACGAACGCGGCGAUGCUUCCAUGGAAGAUAUUGAUGUUGCCAUGAAACUCGGUGCUGGAUACCCAAUGGGACCAUUUGAGCUCAGUGACUACGUUGGACUUGACACUUGCAAGUUCAUCAUGGAUGGCUGGCACGCACAGUAUCCGGAAGAAGUCGCCUUCACUCCAAGCCCGCUUCUCAACUCGCUCGUUGACUCUGGAAAGAAUGGACGCAAGUCUGGAGAAGGAUUCUACAAGUACAAGUAGAAUGAUGAUUGCUAGCCGAAGAUACUCUUUUUGUAAAAAAAAAGUUUAAACUAUUCAUGUUUAGUGCUAUUUUUGAUUUUCUAUGGGUUUUUGAGUAACCACGAAAUAAACGUGUGACAUG